CAGCUGUUUAUUUCCAUAUCGCCUUGUGAUGUUAGUUAGCGCGCAGUCUGUGUGGAGUUGCACAGCAAAUUGUAAGAUGUUUGUUAAAGAUGCUUGUGAAGAACUUUGCACUAUUAGCAAAGACUCUCGUGUGUGAGUGUGAGUCUCUCAAACGGGAAGAGUGCAUCGCAUGCUCUGUCAACUCUAUGAUAAAGCAGUUCAUGGAAAUCAUUUGUUGAAAUAAUUUAUGUUUUUUAUUGCGGAGUGAUCUGCAGCAAGGAUGUCAGCGCGUCUCGAACCUCAAGUCAUGCUUUAACUUUUAAAAACAGUCAUGGAGGAGCUGGACCCGGAGGAGCAGUUCCUCAGGGAUGCCAGGAACGGGAACCUAGAAGGAAUCCGGAAGCUUUUGAUGUCCAAGAUAAAGGAGGAGGCCAAAAUCGACAUCAACUGCAAGGGCAAAAGCAAAUCUAAUCAUGGCUGGACUCCUCUUCAUCUGGCCUGCUACUUUGGGCACAAAGAUGUUGUUGAGACCUUACUGAAGAAUGGAGCAGAUGCCAAUUUGCCAAAUAAUGUCGGAGACACACCUCUCCAUAAAGCAGCAUUCCACACGGGAGAAAAGUAUGUUUUACUGUCAUACUUGUUCAUGCACUGA